AUGCUGCACGAGGCGGCGCCAUGCACGUGCGGGCUGCUCUACGGCAGCUGCGGCGGCGGCUGCUCCAUGCUGUUCGCCGCGGCGCCGGGGGACCACCACUACUACAUCAAGCAAUGCGGCGACGACGGCUCCUACGCCUCCUACGGCGGCUCCGUCGACUGCACGCUCUCGCUCGGCACGCCCUCCACCAGGCGCGCCGAGGCCGGGGUCCGCGCGCCGGCGGCCGGGCUGCCGUGGGAGGCAGUGCCCAGCUGCAACGGCAGGCAGGAUAUCGGCCCGGCGCGCGCUGAUCAGAGCAAUGCCGGCGCCGCGUCCGCUCGCCGGUGCGCCAACUGCGACACCACCUCGACCCCGCUCUGGAGGAACGGGCCACGCGGACCAAAGUCAUUGUGCAAUGCGUGCGGAAUCCGGUACAAGAAGGAGGAGAGGCGCGCGGCGGCGGCCGCGGUGGCGCCGACGGCGCUUGCAUCGGACAGCGGCAUCGAGUACGCGUACGGGUACGCGCGGCACCACCAGCAGCAGCAGCAGCAGCAGCAGCAGUGGGGGUGCUACGGCCCGGCCGUGGCGAAGGCGGCGUCCUACGGGCUGUUCGGCGACGCGGCGGCGGAGGACGGGCCGUGCCUGCCAUGGGGGCUCGGCGUCAUGCCCUCGUCGCCGGCGUUCGGGUCCGUCCGGGAGAUGACAAGCCUGUUCCAGUACUACUAG